CUGAAGUGCGUGUGCCAGCUGUGCGAGCACACCAACUUCACCUGCCAGACGGAGGGGGCCUGCUGGGCGUCCGUCAUGCUGACCAACGGGCGGGAGGAGGUGGUCAAGUCCUGCGUCUCCCUGCCGGAGCUGAACGCGCAGGUCUUCUGCCACAGCUCCAAGAACAUCACCAAGACCGAGUGCUGCUACACCGACUUCUGCAACAACAUCACCCUCCGCCUGCCCGUCGCGUCGGAGCCUCCCGGCAGAACCAUGGUGGGCCCCGCGGCGCUGGCAGUGACGGUGGCGGUGCCGCUCUGCCUCCUGUCCCUGGCGGCGGUGCUGGCGGCCUGUGUGUGCCAUGGCCGGCGCUGGGCCCACGGCCGCGCCAAGCAGCCCAAUGUGGAGGAGCCGCUGUCCGAGUGCGCCCUGGUGGGCUCCGGGAAGACGUUGAAGGAUCUCAUCUACGACAUGACCACCUCUGGCUCCGGCUCGGGCCUACCCCUGCUCGUGCAGAGGACGAUCGCGAGGACGAUCGUCCUGCAGGAGAUCGUGGGGAAAGGCCGAUUUGGCGAAGUCUGGCGCGGGAAGUGGUGCGGGGAAGACGUGGCCGUGAAGAUCUUCUCCUCCAGGGACGAGCGCUCCUGGUUCCGCGAGGCGGAGAUUUACCAGACGGUGAUGCUGCGGCACGAGAACAUCCUGGGCUUUAUCGCAGCCGAUAACAUCUUGGGCUUUAUCGCAGCCGAUAACAAGGAUAAUGGGACAUGGACGCAGCUCUGGCUGGUCUCCGAGUACCAUGAGCAAGGGUCGCUGUUCGACCACCUGAACCGCGGCACGGUGACGGCGCAGGCCAUGGUGCGGCUGGCGCUGUCGGUGGCCAGCGGCCUGGCGCACCUCCACAUGGAGAUCGUCGGCACGCAAGGCAAGCCAGCAAUCGCGCACCGCGACCUGAAGUCUAAAAACAUCCUGGUGAAGAGGAACGAGAGCUGCGCCAUCGCGGACCUGGGCCUGGCGGUGAAGCACGACUCAGUGCUCAACACCAUCGACAUUCCCCAGAACCCCAGGGUGGGCACCAGGAGGUACAUGGCUCCAGAGAUACUUGACGACACGAUGAACAUGAACAUCUUCGAGUCCUUCAAGCGCGCAGACAUGUACUCCCUGGGGCUGGUGUACUGGGAGAUAGCCCGGAGGUGCUCCGUCGGAGGAAUCACGGAGGAGUACCAGUUGCCUUACUACGACGUUGUGCCUUCGGAUCCUUCGAUAGAAGACAUGAGAAGGGUCGUCUGCGAGCAGAAGCUCAGACCAAAUAUUCCCAACCAGUGGCAAACCUGUGAGGCGCUGCGCGUGAUGGGCCGGGUGAUGCGCGAGUGCUGGCACGGCAGCGGCGCGGCGCGGCUCACCGCCCUGCGCGUCAAGAAGACGCUGUCGCAGCUCUGCGCCCAGGAGGACCCCAAGGGCUGA